CGUACAAUGUGGUAAUAAAAGGUUCGAAAGUAACUACCAGUAACAGAAAUUUGAGUGACGCGGGUGGGAGUGAAGGAGAAGGAGGAGGAGGAGGCCUUAAAAGUUUUGUUUUUGUUUUGCAUAUUGAAUGGUACAGAUUGAAUGAGUUGGGUAUAAUGUGUUUGGUUGGUUUUUUGGCAUUUGGUGGAAACUUCUGACGAUCCCGAUUCUCAAGCUCCCUCCCACGACCGCUUUUGCCACUCACCCGGUCGUGUCAUGCAAUCCUAUAUGUAAGCUCACACCUUUCUCUCUCCCCCUCUCUAUCUAUCUCUUCGUUUCUCUCUCUACCCUUUAGAUGGUUCUCUUCUCUUCUCUCUUUGGCUCAAUCAUCGACCUAUCCCACAUUUAAGGCCUUUCAAUUUUGCACUUUUAACUCCUUGUUUGAUUUUCUCAUUCGGGAUGGGAAGGGUUAAGCUAAAGAUAAAGAAAUUAGAGAACACAUAUGGCCGUCAAGCUACCUAUGGCAAAAGGAAGCAUGGCAUCAUGAAGAAGGCCAAAGAAUUAUCAAUUCUAUGUGACAUAGACAUUAUCCUUCUCAUGUUCUCAUCAACUGGCAAACCCUCAAUGUGCAAAGGAAAACGGAGCAUUGAAGAAGUCAUUGCGAAAUUUGCUCAGUUAACACCUCAAGAAAGAGCAAAAAGGAAGCUGGAAAGCCUUGAAGUGCUGAAGAAAACUUUUAAGAAGUUGGACCAUGAUGUUAACAUACCUGAAUUUCUGGGCACAAGUUCUCAAACAAUAGAGGACCUAUCAAACCAAUCGAGGUUAUUGCAAAAUCAACUUUCUGAAGUGCAUAAAAGACUGAGCUAUUGGAGUAAUCUAGAUAAGAUUAACAACACAGAAUAUCUGGGUCAAUUGGAAAAUUCACUCAGGGAAUCACUUAAUCGAAUUCAAGCUCACAAAGAAUAUUUAGGAAAACAGCAACUUAUGUCGCUAGAAUGCAAUAGUCAGUUCCAAAGCGGGACACAUGUACCUUUCAGAAUUGGUACUGAGCAGCAUCUCCCACCCAUGCCUUGGAUUCCUAAUAAUGACAGUCAACAGAUUGUGUUACCAGAGGAUCCAAACCUAAUUUCCAAUUGGGAUGUUGAGUGUUCCGCAAGUUCCUCCUUUGGGAGUUAUUCUGGUUACUUUGGCACAAGAAAGGUUUCAGAGCUAUCUAAUUCCAGUCAAGAAAAUGGUGUGAAUGGUAUUUUUAAUGAGCUAAGUGGAUCUGCAUCUCUGAGGUUGCAGUUGUCUGGGCAGUAUCCUUACUUGCCAUACAAUCUGAAUUUGAUGAGUGAUGCAAAAUUCCAGUCUGCAACAGAGAUGAACCUACUACAAAGCACUGUGGAUUUUCAUGUUAAUGGAAGUUUUGAAGCUCCCAAACAUGGAUAUGAUGCUAGCCCUGGCAGUUGGGCUUCCUCAUCAGGACAGUGUGCUGUUACCAUGUUUGACGAGCAUUUAUAUUCUCGGCAACCAAACUGAGCAUCAAGGAUGAUCUUACAGUUCAACAACUGAUGAAAUUGCUGGAGAUCUUGGCCAUAUUUAUGCGAAAAUUAGAUAUCCCAUCAAAGGAAGUUGCUGAAUUUGCAGAUUUUUAGCCAUGAAAUGGUGAGAAGCAGGCAAUGAGCUUUGGCAUGAUAAAAGCAUAGGAUGUUGGUCACUUCACUUGGUGCCUAAAUUGAGGUAUCAUAAAAUCUUCUGUAUACAAACUAUAUAAAUAGCAGGUUUUGCAGAGUUAAGUAUUGUUUUUGGAUGACCUUGUCAUCCAUGGCAGCUAAACUACUGCCUCUUUCUUCUCCCCAACUUGUUUCCAGAACUGUAAAUUAUAGCAAUAAUCAUAUAGAAUUGUUGCGAGUCAAAACCAUAUCUUGUUUUUUUGACAAUUGAAUGCACUUCUCUACUUCAAUAACA